GUCACAUUCCAUCUUUCUCAAGUCCCAAUGCACGAAUGCUUUAUCAUUUUUUCUAACGAACACACUUCAGCCAGCAUCAGCGACAGAGAAUGUACCAUUUUGUCAAUGCCCCACACCGCGCCGUCAUGCUGAUUGAACUCCAACUCCCGAUAAGGACCCGCUCAGCCUCGGCGCGUGACCACGAUUCUCGAUUUACUUUCGGCGCCCUCCUCAACCGUGCUGCGCAUCGCGAUCAGUUGAUAAGUACCCUACACGCCUGUCAUCUUGCUGAAUAUCUGCGCCUAUCAAGCCGCGUUCGAUCGAGAAGACCAUCUCCCCCGUAUCGGCGUGAGACCCCACUCCAUCAAGAAGCAACUCGAGCAAUAGAAAGAGUACAUAACCCGCGGGCACGGGACCGGGCGUCCGAGCGGAUCCUUAUCGUCUCUCUCGACACUCCCCAUGACCUCCUCUCCCACCGCAGACGAGAAACGCUCCGUCUCCUCCGACUCCGACAGCGACGUUCAGCGGCGGGGCGGGGCCGUAGCCGUAGCCCAAGUCUACAACCCUGACUUGCAGAGCGCGGUGCGAAAGACAGAUUUGCAUGGCUUCAGCCGACGGAGCUUCAUGCUGUACUUUGUCGUGAUGGUCGGCUUCCUUAACGCCGUGUCGAGUGGAUUCGACGGGAGCUUGAUGAGCGGGAUCAACGCCAUGCCCCAGUACCUGAACUUUUUCGAUUAUGCGUCGGUCGGAAAGUCGACGGGGAUUGUGUUCAUGAUCUACGUAACGGGAAACUGCGCCGGCGCUUUGUUCGCCGGACCCGCUACGGAACUGUACGGUCGGCGCGGGGGAAUGUUCGCGGGCGGACUGUUCAUUCUCAUCGGCGCGAUCGUCAGCGUGACUGCUCAAGUCCGGGGCGCGUUCCUGGCUGGUCGUUUCCUCCUUGGAUUCGGGAUCGCUAUAUCAACAACUGCCGCGCCGACAUGGGUGACAGAAAUUGCUCCUCCGCAGUGGCGCGGCCGACUUGGUGCCCUGUACAACUCGUGCUUCUUCAUUGGCAGCAUACCUGCAACUGGCUCCAUGGUCGGAACGGCCAAAAUCAACACCACCUGGGCAUGGCGGCUUCCCCUCGUACUGCAGGUUGCGCCGCCCCUGAUCGUGAUGAUUUCUGUCUGGUUCUGCCCAGAGUCCCCACGAUGGCUCGUCUCGCGCGGUCGGGCCGAGGAAGCGCGACAGAUUUUGAUCGACUACCACUCGAAUGACGGCCAAAGCAACCCUGUGAUCGAGCUGCAGAUGGAGGAGUUUGAGCGGCAGAUCGCGGUAAAGCGGGAAGAUGCUUUCUGGGAUUACAGCUCCCUAUUUCGCACCAGGAACCGCCGCUGGCGGAUGCUGUGUUUGUCUCUCAUGUGCUUGAACGGGCAACUCGCCGGGAACGGACUGAUAACUUACUUCCUCACGGUGAUGAUGAAGAACGCAGGAGUUACAAGUCCGCACAAGCAGCUUGUCUAUAACUUUGCCAAUUCGCUGCUAUCAGCGGGCGGUGCGUUUCUUGGCGCCUCGCUGACGGACAAGCUUGGACGUCGGCGCCGGCUCUACCUCGGAUCGCUCAUUCUAGGUGGUCUGCUUGCUGCUGUCGCUGCGUUGUCGGGCAAAUACGGCGUCGCGGGAAACAAGAAUGUCGCUGGGGCCAACGCGUCGAUCGCGCUGAUUUUUGUAUUCGGAAUCGUCUAUGCAUUUGUGUACACCCCCCUGCAGGCCCUUUAUUGUGCGGAAGUUAUGAGCCAAGACAUGCGUGCCAAAGGCAUGGCGGUGCACGUUUUGAUCUCGAAUUGCGCGGGAUUCAUCAACACGUUCGCAAACAGUGUAGGAUUGGGGAACCUCGGAUGGAAGUACUACUUUGUAUUUGUCGCGUGGGACGUGAUUGCUUCCGGGCUGUGGUAUCUGUUUUGUGUGGAGACGAACGGGCGCACCCUCGAGGAGUUGGACGAUAUCUUCGACGCACCCUGGCCCGCGCGAGCGAGCACAAAACAGGUCCUCGUCAAGAUCAGUGAGACUGGGAGGGUGGAUAUUGUCCAGGAGAAGUCAUAGUUGUCCAUCAAAGAGCUGCAAUUCAUAGUUCUCCAUUCUAUUCAUCAAUACGCUUGCAUCGAGUACUGAGGAAUCAAAACACAGCUCGAGUCGGAAAGUAUUUUCGACAAAUCGAACGGCAGACGAAAACCCACGCGAACUAGUCCGCGGCCUUUGGCGUGGUCUGUUUUGAUAGCCGAUUUCUUAGUCUUAGCAAAGACGGCUUGAAUUGAGUCACUGUGGCAACUGCAGCCAUUCAUCUGAUCUCUUCCGCGAGUUAGCCAUGUCGUAUGCUUGACUAUCGGCCAUCCCCACGGGACACGGGCAGAGCUUAAGCAGGAGAGUUACUGCUGAUCAGAGCUGCCUUGAGGAGAACCAGAUAGGCAAUUCAGAGGAUCACAGACUGAACUUCCCCCUCGGAGGCGGCAAGGCUUGGAUGACUGACUGCUCAUGAAGAC